AUGGUUAUCGGAAUUCCUUCAUCGGUAACAAUUGUUGAAGAGGAAGAUAUUCAUGUAUGUGAAUUACCUAAUUCAAUACCUGAAUCACUUCCGACUUUACCUCAUACAACAGAAUUAUCAAUUGAUCAAACGACGAAUAUUAUUGAAUAUCCAUUUGAAUUUUUAUCUGGUGAAGUAUUAAUUGAUCAUGGAAUGGAUUUAACUGAUGGUUAUAUUUAUUUAACAACAUUUCGUUUAUUUAUAUUUUCAAAUCAAACACCAACACAUUGUUCAUUUAUUAAUUGUCCAAUACAUUUAAUUGAAUUUAUUGAAAUUAAAGAUAAUAUUUAUUUAUAUAUCCAAUGUAAAGAUAUUCGAUCAUUUCGUUUAAUAUUUUUUACAACAGAUAAAUGUUGUUAUUGGUUAAGAAAAUUAAAUGAAUCAAUAUCAACAUUAAUAGGUUUAGAUGAUUUAUUUGCUAUAAAAUAUGCAUCAGCAAUACCAAAUGAAGAUAAUUAUAUAAAACGUGAUUAUUUUCGACAAGAAUUUCAACGUCUACAAUUAGAUGUUGAUCCAUGGCGUACAGCAGAGAUAAAUCGAGAUUAUAAAUUAUCACCAACUUAUCCAAAUAUUUGUGUUGUACCAGCAAGUAUAACUGAUGAUGAAGUUUAUGAAGUUGCAAAAUUUCGAUCAAAUAGACGUUUUCCAACAGUUGUUUGGAGACAUUGCAAUGGUGCAAUUAUUGCACGAACAAGUCAGCCAGAAAUAGGAUGGUUAUUUUGGCGUUCGAAAGAAGAUGAGAAAAUGAUUCAAGCAAUAAUUCAUGCUUGUAAAAUGCCUAUUACAAAAGAUUCUAGUACAUGUGAAUUAAAUUCAAAUCGUUUAUUAAUUCUUGAUGCAAGAAGUUAUACAGCAGCACUUGCUAAUCGUGCUAAAGGUGGCGGUUUUGAACAUCCACCCUAUUAUACUGAUUGUGAUGUACAAUUUAUGAAUUUACCUAAUAUUCAUGUCAUAAGAAAAAGUGCACAAAUGUUAAGAGUUGCUAUUGCAAAUGCAGCACAAGGAGAAAAUUGGCUUUCACAAUUAGAAUCUUCAAGAUGGUUACAUAAUUUAUCAGCAUUAAUAAAUGCUGCGUCAUUUGUUGUUGCUACUGUUGAUAAACAUGCACGACCUGUACUUGUUCAUUGUUCAGAUGGUUGGGAUCGUACUCCACAAAUAACAACAUUAGCUAAAAUAAUGCUUGAUUCAUAUUAUCGUACGUUUGAAGGUUUUCAAACGUUAGUUGAACUUGAAUGGAUUGCAUUUGGUCAUAAAUUUGCUGAUCGUUGUGGUCAUGGAAAUGGAGCGAGUGAUCCUAAUGAACGUUGUCCUGUUUUUCUUCAAUGGCUUGAUUGUAUUUAUCAAUUAUUUACACAAAAUCGAACUGCAUUUGAAUUUAACGAAAUGUUUCUUUUGAAAUUAGCUAAUCACACAUAUACAUGUUUAUAUGGAACAUUUUUAUGUAAUACAGAUUUUGAACGUACAACAGCUAAAUUAGAAACAAGAACAUUAAGUAUAUGGAAUUUAUUAAAUGUAAAUUCGAAACAAUUUAUUAAUCAUUUAUUUGAUAAAACAAAAAAAGAUAUACUUUAUCCCUCAUCUUCUGUUCGUGAUUUAACAAUUUGGUCAAAUUUAUAUUUACGUGAUAUUCGCUGUACACCAACAGGUUCAUAUGAACAUUCUUCAACAUUAAUUCCAGCUCGUAUUCGUUCCUAUGAAGAUUUAUCAACAUCAAUAACAAAUAAUCUUCAUCGUUCAACAUCAGAUCCAAAUUUAAGUAAUUCAUUACAUAUUGAAUCAUCAGCAUUAUUAACUCGUUUAAAUAAUAAUUCACCAUUAAAUCAACAACAAUCACAAUCAAAUCGGCUACAAAAUUCAACAUCAACGAAUAGUUUAUUCGGACCACCACAUCAUCUUGGAACAUUAAAUGAUGGUAGUCAUCAUAAUGUAACAAAUUCUUCAAAUACAAAUCAAAUAUCUCUACCAAUAUCAAAUAGUCCUGAUAAUCGAAUGAAACGACAAAGUCUUAUUGCAGAUGAUUCAUCACCUGAUAUAACACAACUGGCAUUAUCAUUUCAACGAUUUCCAUUAAAUGUUAAUAGUGUUGAUAAUAUACUACGAACAAUGUCUCGUCCACGAAGACAUACAAAUUCUACAUCAAGUACAGCAUCAAGUUUGUCUGAAGCAUGGUCAUUAACAAGAAUAAAUUCUUAUGAUACCAAUCAAACACAACGAAUGAUGCAACCAAUAACAACAAAUAAAAUGAUUAAAUUAGUUCGAAAACGUAUUGAUGUAGAUGGUUUAACAAAAAUUCCUGAUCAAAUUACAUCUAGAAUGGUACAAAAAGAACGAGCCUAUCAGCAACAAAUUGAAAGUCUUCAUGAACAUAUACGAAGAAUGCAAAGAUUUGUCUAUGCAUUAAUCAAUAUUAAUCAAAAUCAAAAUAUAUCACCACGUAUCGAAGCAAUAUCACAAAGUAAUAUUAAUAGUGUCGAAACAGCAUCAUGUUCUUCAUGGCAAAAAAUUGAUAAUGAUACAGGUGUUACACGUUGGAUACCAGAUUUUAAUGUACAAACAUGUCAUUUAUGUCAUAUGAAAUUUCAACAAUGGCCUUUUUCGCGUAAACAUCAUUGUCGAAAAUGUGGCAAUGUUUUUUGUAAUAGUUGUACCAAUUAUUGUAAAUUAAUUCCAUCAUUAAAUUUAACACAUCCUGUACGUGUUUGUCGUGAUUGUUUUCUUCUAAUUGAUGAUAAUAAUAAUAAUACAGCUAUGGAAUCAACAACAAGAACUGCUACACCAUUGCCUAUACAAACGGGUUGUCGACAAUCUAAUGGAACACCUAAUGGUUCAUUUAAUUCACCUGGUGGACAAAAAGUUAAAGGAUAA